GUGACAGCAGGAACUGCGCGCAGUGCGCCGCCCGAGUCGCGCCGCGCGUCACCAGCGCAGAUCUCAGCAACGCGCACAUCUCGCUCGCAGCUGUCUUCAUCGGGCCGAUAAGCUUUGACGGGUGAAGCCGGAGGGACGAGAUAUGACAGAACAGAAACUCUAACUUCCGAGGAAUAUAACCGCAGAACGCAUCGACAUGAUACGCGGCUCAUAACAGGUAUUUUGCGCUUUGGUCCGGCAAAUGUUUCCGCCUGUAUUUCUGCUUACCAAUGUUUGUCUUCUAAUGCGAGCUGUCAUGUGAGCGGCGUUGGAAACUCAACGCGCCGUCAUGCUCCCUCGUAGUAUGAAAACAGGUGGCGUGGAGCUGCCAGGAGUGGGUUCGAGAGAUGUGCCACUCAUUGGAUACCGGCCCUUACAGCCAGAGGCCAACAACGACCCUCCUGAUCAGCUCUGGAAGGAGAAUGAAAACAGAGAGGCGGAUCCAACACAGGGGGAGCCGUCGCCGAUGAAGACAACCUGGUACUGUCCACUUGACCUGUCCUCUGUGUCCGAACUGGAGGAAGAUGGUGUUAUCUACACAGUGUUGGUAAAGCCACAUCAUGGGACGCCCAGCAGCCUGCAGUACAAAGCAUCUCGCUCGCAGCACAUUAAAGCAGGGACAGAGGAGAAGCUGGUCCUCCAUCUUCUUCACUCCUUCUCCAUGGGCGACUCCUCCUUCAUCUCCAUCUUCCUCUCCACCUAUCGCACCUUCACCUCCACUCAGAGAGUGUUGGAGAUCCUGACUGUCAGAUUGGAAAAUGCUCCAGGGGAAAGUAAAAGUAGCACCCGUCAGCAGUUCAACAAGGCCGUGUGUACAGUGUUCAGUACAUGGUUGAGUGAUUAUCCUGAGGAUUUCCGUUCUUUGAGCGAUCCCUCCCCUCUUCUGCGUUUGGCCCCCCUUCUUCCAACAGACCCCUCGGGGGCCGAAAUCAAAGACAGACUGCUGAAGAUAGCCGAGGAGCUGAGCGAGAAAGCCCUGCUGUCUGGAUCUGUAUCAGAUCCUUCAAAAGGUGUGACGUCCCCUUCUCCCGAUCCCUCAGACUUUGAUGCCACCAGCAUUCUGGGGUUUCCAUCCAGUGUGAUCGCAGAACAGCUGACCAGAAUCGAGACGGAUCUGUUUCUUAAGUUGGUGCCGCACCACUGUCUCGGUUCUUUGUGGUCCCAAAGAGAUAAGAAGGGGAGGGAGGGAGCGUGUUGGUCCGUCAGAGCCACCAUCAAGCAGUUUAAUCGUUUGACAAACGCCGUCACAGCCUCGUGUUUGUGGAACACAGCUCUGAAGAGCCAACAGAGAGCAAGACUUCUAGAGAAAUGGAUCAGUGUUGCAGAGGCCUGCAGAAGCCGCAAAAACUUCUCCUCGCUGUAUGCUAUUCUGUCAGCCCUGCAGAGUAACCCGAUCCACAGACUGAGGAAGACAUGGCAGGAGACAGACAGAGAAGCCGUGAAGAGAUACGAAGAACUUUCUAACAUCUUUUCGGAGAAGGACAACUACUCCCAGAGCCGUGAACUGUUGAAAGAGGAAGGAACUUCCAAAUUUGUUAAUGUUGACACUAAAACCAACAACAGAAGAUUUACAGGGUCCUGUGCUCAGGGCACUGUGCCAUACCUGGGCAUCUUCCUCCGAGACCUCACCAUGCUGGACACUGCAGUCAAAGACCGACUAGAGAAUGGCUUUAUUAACUUUGACAAAAGGCGGCGGGAGUUUGAGGUUAUCGCUCAAAUCCGCCUUCUUCAGUCCUCGUGUAAAAACAGCAUUUUCAGAACGGAUGAGACGUUUGUUUACUGGUAUCACAGCGUACCCCCUCUGGACGAAGAGGAAAGCUACAAGCUGUCCAAUCACAUCGAAGCUCCAAGCGAGCCGAGUCCCGGGCGUGGGCUGAACCCUACAGUGAUCGUCACACAAUGUCCAGAUCAAAUCUCUACGGUGGCAAAUGCAGUUUUGAAUCCUGAUGGCAUAUUUGACCUCCCUUCUCCUGUCAAUCACCUGCUCUCAAAGCUUUACAAGCAUGUGAAAUCACCCUCCGUCUCCUGCCUGGAUGUUGAUUCGUCGCCAUCAUCCAAUGAAGCCUCGCCCUCUGUAGUGACCACACCCCCUACAACUAUCAAAUCACAUCGCCGGUCCGUCUCCUGUGGCAACACGCCCACCAAUAACAAACCAGAGGCGGGGCCUGAUAUGAGAAUCGUCAAAAUAAGAAUGGAUCUACAUGAUGGCAACUUGUACAGAAGCAUUCUGGUGACUAGUAAUGACAAAACCCCCACUGUCAUUAGUUCUGCAUUAGAAAAACACAACCAGAACGUUCAAGAGGCCUCCAAAUGUGAGCUGAUCCAACUACUACCAGAGGGGAAAGAAUUGAUAAUACCACCCACAGCGAACGUCUUCUACGCCAUGUCUUCAGCUAGCGUAGACUUCCUGUUAAGGAGGCGAGGAGGAAACACACCAACCGGGUCUCCCAUUCUCGGCAGUGAAAACAACUCAACCUUCCCACGAAUCAAAGCCAAGGGCAGAAGACUGGUCCGAACACUCUUUUAACAUUAAGCCCAGAUACUUUCAAAAGAAAAGACACGACAGAUUUCAUCUAAAGCUAUGUGACGUAACUGUAAAAUUUACCGAAAGUUGUUUUCAUGAGUUCUAAUAUCGGUGUAUUUUGAGUGAAGCUUGGUUGAAAUGGCUCCAAGAUGUUAUUUACAAGUAAAUGUUGCACAAUUUACACAUUUCAUAAAGUUUCGAGACAGCCGAGUGCCGUUUGCUGCCGUCAACAUUUCCUGGACUUCCCUGACUACCUCUGAACAACCAUUAGAGGGCACCUAUUAUGCAAAAUCCACUUUUAGAAGGUGUUUGGACAUAAAUGCAUGUUGGCAACACAACCACCAUACAAUAAAAGCAUUUUUUAAUCCCCACUAAAUCAAAGCUGUCUCGUAAGACAUGCUGUUAUGGUUAUCUUGUUAAUGUGACAUCACAUUGAUAAAGCCCUGCCCACAGCCACUGACUGACAGUCCUGCAUUACCAUUCAACGAGUUGUACGCUGUCUGCCCUCAUUCAAUAGUGAGACACUAUUGUCUCAGACUGUGUUUACAGGAAUCAAAUCUAUUUUAAUUAAAAGUGCUCACUGUCUCUUUCGAUAAGGAAGUGAAUAGCCGUAGCUCAUUUGCAUUUAAAGGUAUAGACACGAAAAUAGGGACAUUUUGAACCUGCUAUAAUACAUGAUUUGUGGGGUAUUUUGAGCUUAAACAUCACAGACACAUUCUGGACUGACCUGAGACUUAUAUUACAUCUUGUAAAAAUGGCCAUAAUAGGUGUCCUUUAAAUACAACAUUUUACUAGCAAUAAACUAGCACCAGCUAAAGACCCUCACAUAAUUACAUAAACACCUAAAGAAGGUACUUACGGCUGUCGAAACAUUUCAAACACUGAGCUCUUCAAUAUUGUUUACUGUGAUAGACAUGUCAAAGUGGACAACUGCCCACCAACCUGAAGAAACGUUGCAAAAAAACCACUGCCGCUGGCUAAUGUUUUCACCAAGUAUGCAAAAUGAUGGUUGUUGUAAUGCAAAGGCUCUGUUUCAAACCCUAUUGAGUUGACUCGCUGUCUACUACCUACAUACGUAGGCAGCUCUUUAUUUUUAAACGUAAUUAUAAAAAAUUGGGGUAAGAGUCCAUUGUUCGUUAUUUUUUAUCAAUACUUUUAGUAUUGAAUGAAUCAUAUUUAUUAUCAGCCUUUUUCUUAUUUUGUCUUACACUUGGAAUGUAAAAUGUUUUUUACUGAGGUCAUCACAAUGAAUUCUGGUAUUGCUUUAUCUUUAAAAUAACACAUGCCUUGUAAUUUGGUUAAAAAGGCAUCUUAAAUAGCAGUAUAAUCUCAUGCUGCCUGCUUAAGGAGCGUGAUGAUGCCUUAAAAUACUCGCCUAUGUUUUCAAACAGAGCUAGUAUUGUGUUGUUAACUAAAAUGACUCCUUUAAAAACAAAGCUGUGCCUGUUAUAUUAUUAUUUUUGUACCGAUAAUUGCAAAGACAUAUGAUAAGAAAUGCGCAAUUGCACAUCCAAACUGUUACACUUGUUUGCACCCUAAUGAACCUUGCACCUUUACUCGUGUGCUGUUGACGUCUCUGUGGGAACUGAGGCAUCCGAGUACUCGACGCAAGGAAGAGGGCUGUUCUCCAUUACAUUUCAGUCUUUGUUUUUGGUCACUCAUUUGUAAAGUGCCUUAAUAUCAGGUGCUUGUGUUCUGCGCAUGUUGCGGCUUCAGUAAUGUAACGUCAGAUCUGUAUACUGACGUGUUUGUGCACUACAUACCUCCUAUUCUUGAAAUAAACUUUAAUUUUGAUACAA